AGAGAAGGGCAGCUGCAGCAGCAGCAACAACAGUUCAUGCGGAGGGGAAGAGCAGGAGCCUCCAGGGCUGCUGCAGGAGGGCCAGGAGGAGCAGCAGCAGCAGUUGCAGGGAGGUAGGAGGGCCGGAGCAGCAGCGCCGCUGGUGGCAAUGAUGAUGGGCCGGCCGGACAGCGGGCUGGACGCGGGGAGCGGCGGCAUGAGCAGUGCGCCCCUGCCGCUGCUUUGGCUGCGAAACGCAGCUGCAGCAGCAGCGGCGGCGCCUGGCUCCAGUGCUACUGCCGUACCACCGCCACAACAAAGCAUGGGCAGUGCUUUUGGAGGUGGCAGCGGCUUGUUCAGAAGCAGCAGCAGCAGAGCCGGCGGCAGCGGCGGUGGCAGGUCUGCUGCAGCCCUGGGCAUCAUGGGCAGCAAUUUCAGGUUCGCCCGGGACAACAACGGCAACAGCAACGGCAACAGCGGUUUCGGAGGCGGUGGUUCCAACUGGGGCUCUACCCUAGCAGCCCUGCAGAGCCAGGAGGUGGCUGCUUCGGCUGCUCAUCAUCAUUCUCGGCGCCCGCAUCACCCAGGCCAUCAGUCACAGCGCCAAAGCCUGCACCGGACCAACCACCACAGCCUUCACCUCCACAAGCUCCAACCGUCGCAGUCGCAUCACUACAACCACCACUUCGGUGCUAUCGCUGCUGCUUCGGCUGCCUCCGGUGGCAGCGGCGGUGGCUCCAGUUUUAGCAUGGCUGCAGUUGCUGCUGCUAGGGGCUCAGCCUCCAAAGCCUCAACUGCCGCUGCCGGCGACAACGCUGUCGAAAACGUCGACGAGGUCGCUGAGCUGCUGCUUGGGUGCGACUUGGUGGUGGAGCGUAGCAGCAAGCUCGUGUUCUUCGGCGCUUCUAGGGGCGGCGGAGGCGGAGGCGGCAGCGGCGGAGGCGCGAGUGGGCGAGGCAGGGGCGCCGGCGGUCUGACGCGGCUAGGUCGUGAUGCGGCUGCUGCCACAACCGCUGCUACUGCGACUGUUGUGGAAAGCAGCAAUGGUUCGCUGCUUGCCGGUGCAAUUACGGCUUCUAACGAAGCAACUGCUGGCGCCAAGAAUGCUGCUCCUGCUGCUGUGGCGCCGGCACGUGUGGCUGACACCGCUGGAACCGCUUUUGUCACCGACGGCGAUGCCAGUGUCAGUGGAGGAGGAGGUGCCGGUGCUGGGGCCGGGGCAGCUACUGCCGGUCCAGCUGCUGUCGCGCUGGCGGCGGCGGUUGGUACCAGCGACGGCGGCGGUGCCUCCGGAGUCAUUCCAGCGGGGAGCUCACCGCAGCAUCAGCCAGCACUGCAGGCGCCAUCGCAGCCGCAGCAGCAGCAAGUAUCCAAGGCACCCCCAACGCCGCCGCAACCCUCUGGUUCGGCAGACCAGCAGCAUGUCGGCAGCACUGCCGCUCCCAACAUGUGGUACAAUGCCGCAUACGAUUUGCCACAGCACGCGUCAAGCAUCAAUGAAAGCACCGAAGCGGCAACAGCAGCAACGAGCGCAGCGGAGAGGUUGGAGGCACAUGCGGCGGUUUCGGAGGCUGCAGCGAUGGAAGCUGGCACAGGGGCGACAGCUGCUCUUAAUGCAGCGGCGGCGGCAGCGGUUCCAGAAGUGACAGUGGCGAAAGCGAUUGAGGAGUCAGCCACACUAGCAACUGGUUCGGGGGCGGCGUCAUCGAGCACAGCAGCUAUGGUGACAGCGCCUGACGGCACAGCCAUGCCAGCCCUGGUCGCCAGAUCAUGUUCAGCAGCUGCGCUUACGACGCUAGGAGCCGGUUGCAGCAGCUCAGCUGGUCGUGACGCAAGCGACGGCAGCGACGCACACACUAGUGGUGGUGGCGCUGACGCCGCCGCCGACGGCGCCGCUCCCUCGACGAUCACAAGCACUGCUGCGAAACAUGACCCUCCUCCAAGCAUUAACAACAGCACCGGCGCCGCAUCUGCCCGGGCCGGCGGCACCAGCAGCGGUACCGGCGCGGAAGCAGGUACCGGCGGCGGCACUGCCUGCUGCUCCUUGCUCGCCACGGCGCCCUCUUCCAUUCCGCAGGACCCUCUGGCAUCUGUCAUGCCGCCUCCGUCACACGACCCCGGGUUGGACCUCUGGCUGUCUUACUCGGGUGUGGAGGUCACACGCAUCGACGACGAUGGGGACGCUUCUCAAACAAGCUUGGCGACGGACGCAGUGCCGGCACCGGAGGGGGAUGCUGGAGCAGACGGCAAUAGCAGUGGCGGAGAUAUAGCAGGGCUGGCUGUAAGCGGCCGCGAGGAUGGCGGUG